AUGUCCGCCGCGCUGUGCAUAGGAAGAAAGUCCGCGGAAGACGUCGAGGACGCCGGGGAACUGCGACUCGGUCCCGAUUUCGACGACGCCAACUGCUUGUCGCUCGCCGAGGUGAAGAUCGUGUGCGAGUCGAAAGUCGCCGACGACGCCGAACAAGCGGAGGAGACGUCGACGACGCGCACGCGGGUGUUCGAGAAGACGUUAGCGUACGCGAAGCGGUUCAGCGGGAACACGAGCAGCACGGCGGCGGCGGCUAUUCGGGAAUUACACAACAAUUCAGGGUUGCACGACUUUGAAGGCGCGGCGAUCUCAAACUUGAAGCCGCAGGAUUGGGACGAGGCGAAGACUUUAGUGCCGAGCUUGGAGCAGGAAGAUCGCGGGUUGACCGAGGAAGGGAUUCAAGCGAUGUUAGACGAGAUGUCGAACGUGCGGAAGUUCGAAUGA